GGCGCUGACCGACCCGCCCGCCCAGCACGGUCCGCAGCCAAUCGGAAGCCGCCGUGCUGGGCCGGCGGGGGGAACGCCCAAUCAAAGGUGUCCUCUGAAGGGCUGGGUCAUGUGAGCGGGACUUCAAGAUGACAGGAAGAGAGUUUCUUGAACUAGAUUCUCCGCAGCAAAGACUAUAUUUGGAAAGACUUAAGCGGAUGGAAGUCAUACAAAAGAUGUUCAAUGAGCUUCCUAAAGCAGAUCAGAACCUUUGUAAUCAUGGAUCAUACUUCCUUGGAGCAAAUGCAAGCUUAUGUGGCUUAGCAGCAAAUAACUUCUUCAGGAACAUCCUACAUGUCAGAAGGGCUUCCUUAGUGUCUGCUCUGCCAAUGGCUGUUAUUCCGUUUCUUUCAACAGUAGCGGCUUAUGAAGUAUUUGUGCGUAAGCCUUUAUUUUCAGGUGAGCUAAACUGUGAGGUCUGCACUGUGGUCAGAGGAGGAUUAAUAGGGGCUGUCGUGGGUGGCCUCUAUCCUGUUUUCCUGGCUCUCCCCAUGAACGCGAGCCUUGCAGCCAGGUAUUCUUCAUCUCCCUUGCCAGGGAAAGAAAAUCUACUACGCUUCUGGCUCACAACUUCUCAGCCUGUCUUUAGAAAGAUGAGUUGGGGUGUACUUAUACAGGUUCUGACUGGAUUAUAUCUUGCCACUAAACAUCACGGAAUAUAUAUCAAAGUACUGCAGCAGAUGAACGCUAGCAGGGAUCCUGAAGAGUUACAAGCAUGAAGUUAAAGCAACUUUUCAGUUGCCUUGGAUAAGUAACCAUAAUAAACAAAGAAAGAAAUUGUUGCUUGCUGUCUUUUUUAAAUAGAAAAACAAAGUUAAGACUCUGCACUGGCAUUCUUUUCAGUUCUGAACUUAAAUGCAAGUUAAAUUUUUUAUUAUGUCCAGCUGAGUGUGUACACCUGAAUACAAGCUUUAUAAGGACAGGUGUCUGUCUUUGGAAUUGGGCGGGGGGGAAGCAUUUAUAUUGCCUGCUCUAAGGUGAUGCUACAUCUUUCAGAAGCUGUAUAAAUUAGUAUGAUUGAAAAAGCAUUUUUUCUUCACAAUGCAAACCACAAUGAUUAAAAAAAAAAAAGGGGGGGGGGGGGGGUCAAGGCUAGGGUUUUUUUAGAGAUUCCCCAAAACCUGAGUAUUUUUCUCCCUGAAAUUUCCUCCAUUCUGCUAGCACUGAAUUUCUGUCACAAGAUGACCCCCUUUCGGCUGUUAUGAGGGUCACUCUGUACCCUGUAGAGAACACUAUUAUCACAGAGCAGUCAGGAGUGAUACUGCUGUCAGACUUCCCAGCAUAUAGAUCAAGUGACCAAAAAAAAAGCCCAGUCAGAACACACUUUGUCCUUGCAACCAGUUUGCCUUGAAAUUAGAUUUUUCCUGAAGCAAGGAACUGUACUGAGAGGCCUCAGGUGGCUGGUGCUGUUACUGUGGUAUUGCAGCUACCUCUGGUUUUUAAGAUCAAUGGUCUGGAGUAAUGCAUUUAUGAGUCAGGCUUGUCUUCACAUUGGCAACUGACUGUAUGUUCUAGAGCAAUAUAAAUUGUUGAUUUUCCUACUGCGUGAGAUAUCUGUAGGGUAUUCCGCACUUUGAGAACUAAAUCGGGAUUUUUUUCUACAGAAGCAAUCAUCUCCAUCUGAUGUAUGGUCUUAACUGUAAAACCUGUAUGUAAAACCUGGUCAACAAUCGUGUACACUUCAAUAAAAUUCUAGUAUCCCCCCGA